AUGUUGGAAAUAAGUCGUAUUUAUCUUAGUACUGGUUUAUUACUGGCUAUUUUCACAUUAAUAUUUCAUAUAAUUGCAAUGGAAUGUCCACGAUGGAAAAUCUAUGAACAUCGUCGAAUUCCUAGUGAAACAAUUUUUAUUGGUUUAUUUCACCGUUGUGAAAAUCGACUUAUUGAUGGUGUUUUAAAUACUAGUAAAAUUUAUCUUAUUUGUGAUGAAAAUAAAUAUUUACCAUAUAAUAAAAAUCUAUCUUAUUUAUUAAAUAAAAUUCAACCAAUUGAAGCUCAACGUUUUUGUAAUAUAGCUGGUAAUCCUUAUCGUUGUAAUUAUUCAUCAAUAAAUAAAAGUUUUAUAUCAAGUACAAUUAUAACAAUAUUUACACUUAGUUUAUCUAUUAUUUCAAUUUAUUUACAUUUACUUAUUAAUCAAUUUAAAUAUAAAACACAUCUUGGUAUUGCUAUUACAACAAUAUCUCUUCUAUUUAUUGCUUUUAUAUUUAUUCUUAUAACACUUAUUUUACUUAGUUCAACAAUGUCAUAUGAUUUAUUUGAAUAUCGUUAUAAUUUAAAUUAUCGUUUAAUGCAACAAAAACAUCGAAAUUUAACUACUGAUUUUGAACAAAAUAUUCGGCAAAUAGCUGCUAGUGAUUAUGAUAUUCGACUUGAUUGGUCAGCUGGUUUAGAAAUUAUAUCAUUAAUAUUAUCAAGUUUUACAUUAGUUUCACAAAUUCUUUAUCUUUUUUCUACAUAUAGAAAUCGAAUUGGAUGA